AUGCUCCGGCUCCGGCUCCGGCUCCCGGGGCUCCGGCUCCGGCUCCCGGGGCUCCGGCUCCCGGCGCUGCUGCUCCUGGCGCUGCUCCCGCCGCCGCUGCCCGCGCCCGCCCCGGAGCCCGCGGCGCAGGACGUGAGCCUGGGCUUGGACUGGCUGACCCGCUAUGGCUACCUGCCACCGCCCCACCCAGCCCAGGCCCAGCUGCAGAGCCCUGAGAAGCUUCGGGAGGUCAUCAAGGUGAUGCAGAGGUUUGCCGGGCUGCCCGAGACCGGCCAGCUGGACCCAGUCACCAUAGCCACCAUGCAUAAGCCCCGCUGCUCUCUGCCCGACGUGCUCGGGGUGGCGGAGCUGGUCAGGCGGCGGCGCCGUCGCUAUGCUCUGAGCGGCAGUGUUUGGAAGAAGCAGACCCUGACGUGGAGGAUAAAUUCCUUCCCCCGGAGCUCGGCGCUGAGCCCGGAGACCGUGCGGAUUCUCAUGCACCACGCCCUGACCACCUGGGGCAUUGAGUCCGGCCUCAAGUUCCAGGAGGUGGGUCCUCAGGGCUCACCGGACCCGGACAUCCUCAUCGACUUUGUCCGGGCCUACCACCAGGACAGCUACCCCUUCGACGGGCAGGGGGGCACCCUCGCCCACGCCUUCUUCCCCGGGGAGCAUUCCAUCUCCGGGGACACUCACUUCGACGAUGAAGAAAUCUGGACUUUUGGGUCAAAAGAUGGUGAGGGGACAGACCUGUUUGCAGUGGCAGUCCAUGAGUUUGGCCACGCCCUGGGCCUGGGCCACUCCUCUGCCCCUGACUCCAUCAUGAGGCCCUUUUACCAGGGUCCUGUCGGCGAUCCCACCAAGUACCGGCUGUCCCAAGAUGACCGUGAAGGCCUGCAGCAGCUCUAUGGGAAAGCACCCCAAACCCCAUAUGAUGAGCCCACAAGGAAACCCCUGGCUCCUCCUCCCCCGCCCCCGGCCCAGCCCCCAGGCAGCCCCUCCCUUCCUGUCCCUGAUCGAUGUGAUGGCAAUUUUGAUGCUAUCGCCAACAUCCGUGGGGAAACCUUCUUCUUCAAAGGCCCCUGGUUCUGGCGCCUCCAACCCUCAGGACAGCUGGUGUCCCCCCGGCCUGCCGGGCUCCACCGCUUCUGGGAGGGGCUGCCCCCCAAGGUGAAUGUCAUCCAGGCUGCCUACACCCGGCACCGGGACGGCCGAAUCCUGCUCUUCAGUGGCCCGCGGUUCUGGGUGUUCAAGGACCGGCAGCUAGAGGGCGCCGCGCGGCCGCUGGCCGAGCUGGGGCUGCCGCCGGGGGAGGAGGUGGACGCCGUGUUCUCGUGGCCGCUCAACGGCAAGACCUACCUGGUCCGCGGCCACAGCUACUGGCGGUUCGACGAGGCGGCCGCGCGCCCGGACCCGGGCUACCCGCGCGACCUGAGUCUCUGGGAGGGCGCGCCUCCCAGCCCCGACGACGUCGCCGUCAGCAACGACGGGGACACCUACUUCUUCAAGGGCGCCCACUACUGGCGCUUCCCCAAGGGCAGCGUCAAGGCCGAGCCGGACGCCCCCCGGCCCAUGGGCCCCCAGUGGCUGGACUGCCCGGCCCCCAGCGCCGGCCCCCGCCCCCCCAGGCCCCCCAGAGCCACGCUCCAGCCCGAACCCUGCGACUGUCAGUGCGAGAUCAGCCGGGCGGCUGGGCGGCUGUCCGUGUCCCUCCUGCUGCUCCUGCUGCCCCUGCUGGUGGGGGGCAUCGCCCCCCGCUGA